GACAAAUCAGACAUCAACAGCAGUCCAGCUUUUGAACUGUGGAGACAACUGAGGGAGCUGAAGGGCCUGAAAAGUGAUGCAGAGGAUGCGUGUCCAGGCAUGUCUGUGCUCGUGGCUUUGGACGGAGCACUGACGGGAGGGGGAGCAGGGGGCGGAGCUUAGAGGAGGUGCCGCUUUCAAAUCUUGCUCGCUCUCCAACAUUACCAACUAUGGCUUUAAUGUAUGGAUCCAGUCUGUGUCUGCGGGGAGAGAAGAUCACCUGCUCCAAACCACACAGAGGAACUUCAGUCCAUUUCCUUUGACUCUGCUCCCACCGCUGACCAGAACAUCACAGGCACCUUCACACCUAACAGGACUCAUCACUACAUCCAGCCACUGUCUGAAGGUUUGACUGAAGGAACCUGUGUGUGUAUGUUGUGUUGAGAGCCAGGUGAAAAUGCCUCCCAAAAAGCAAAAGAUCGGAAAGGAUAUCAGAAGCUUUUUCAGUCCAACUGACAGUCCUGCGAGAGGCAACUUGGCACCUUCAGGGGGUUCACAGCCAGGCGGAGCUCAAGGCUCUCAGUCAGGCGGUGCUACACGCUCUCAGCAAGGCGGAGCCAAAAACUCUCAGUCAGGUGGUGCUACACGCUCUCAGCAAGGCGGAGCUCAAGGCUCUCAGUCAGGCGGACCUACAGGCCCUCAGACUUUCAAAUGCAACCACAGGAAAGUGAAGGAGAAGAAUGAUGGUGAUCCAUGGGAGAACAUUUACAUCGCUUCACCGUGAAAUUCAGUCCUACUGACUGCAAUGAAUUCACAAUUGCCUGUGAUCGACCUUGCACAGUGCUGGAGGCAAUAAAAUCAACUGAGAAUUAUAGUAAGAAGACGAGGAAGUGUGCAGAUGAA